AUGGCUUGCUGGAAGAAAAUACGAAGCAGCAGCUGGAUUUAUCCUACCCUGGUCCUCUGCAUUUAUGGUUUUUUCUCCCUGAUGAGGCCAUCAGAACCUUUCCUCACCCCUUAUCUAACAGGACCAGAUAAAAAUCUGACCAUUGAUGAGGUUACAAACCAGAUUUUACCAGUUUGGACAUACUCCUAUCUGGCGUUGCUGUUUCCUGUUUUCUUGAUUACGGACUAUAUGCGCUAUAAACCCAUCAUUAUUCUACAAGGCCUUAGCUUCAUUAUUACAUGGCUGAUGCUUUUAUUUGUCCAAGGAGUGCUAGCCAUGCAGCUGAUGGAGUUUUUUUUCGGGAUGGUAACAGCCACUGAAGUUGCCUAUUAUGCCUACAUUUACAGCGUUGUCAGUGUUGACCAUUAUCAGAAAGUGACUAGUUAUUGCAGAAGCAUCACACUUGCUGCAACCACAGUUGCAGCUGUGUUUGGGCAACUUUUAGUGUCUUUGGCAGAGCUAUCCUAUUUUUAUCUAAACGCCAUUAGUUUGGCUUCUCUGUCCUUGGCCCUCCUAGCCUCAUUUUUUCUACCAAUGCCAAAACAUAGUAUGUUCUUUCACAAAAAUCAUAUCCCUGAAACUCCCCAAGGAGCAACGGAUCAAGACACAAUGUCAAAAGCAACCAGCAUUAAUGAGCAGCCAAGUUGCCAAGAGGACAAAGAUGCUGCGAAAUCAUCCGUCCUUUCCAGGACCUUGCCUGAAUGCCAGUCUGACAAGCAUCAGUGUCACAUGCUUGUGCAGUUAUGCAAGGAUUUAAAGGAAUGCUAUUCCACAAAGAAGCUUCUUUACUGGUCCCUCUGGUGGGCUUUAGCCACUGCGGGCUAUAACCAGAUUGUGAAUUACAUCCAGGUGUUAUGGGACUACAGAGCACCCGCUAAGUAUAACAAUGUUUAUAAUGGGGCUGUUGAGGCAGCAGCAACAUUUCUGAGUUCAGUAACCUCCCUGGCAGUAGGAUACGUGAAAAUUAACUGGGAUCUUUCAGGAGAGCUAGCACUGGGAAUCUUCUCUGCACUGAAUGCUGGUUCUCUAUUUCUCAUGCAUUUUAUUACCAACAUCUGGGUAUGCUAUGCUAGCUAUCUAGUUUUCAAGUCAUGUUAUAUGCUCCUCAUAACAAUAGCAACGUUUCAGAUUGCUGUCAAUCUAAGCAUGGAACGCUACGCUUUAAUGUUUGGAUUCAACAACUUUGUCGCACUGGUGAUUCAGACUAUUAUAACUGUAGUCGUAGUUGAUUCAAGAGGUCUGGGAUUGAAGAUAGUCACCCAGUUCCUAAUUUAUGGCAGUUACUUUGCAGUCAUAGCUGGGAUUUUCCUGAUCAGAAGCAUUUACACAAUUGUCUCAAUCAAAUGCAAAAGGGAAACACGGAACUUCUCCAACGGACCUCAGAACAUUAUGGAACAAGGAUCAGAAACCAGAUUAUAACUAGCUAUGCAAAGAUCUGUGGCUUUAAUGACUUCUCAAAAAUGCCCCUGCUUGCAAAACUCUCACUGAAGUCGAUGAGAGAUUGCAGUAAGGGGAGCAGCACUUCGUCCUUCAUGUAUGCCCCUGCUAAAUCACAACAAACUUACU